AUGGUUCUCCGUGUGUCCAGCACUACCGACGAGGUCGGAGCCGCCGUCGGCCAGCUCAUCUUCGACUUGAGCAAGCAGGCCAUCGCCACACACGGCCGCUUCACGGUGGCGCUAUCGGGUGGCUCGCUGCCCAAAAUCCUGAACAAAGGUCUGCAAGCCAUCAAGGGCGAUGUCGACUUUUCUAAGUGGUCCAUCUAUUUUGCGGACGAGCGCUGCGUGCCGCUGGACCACGACGACAGCAACUACAAGGCCUGCAAGGCGGCACUCUUCGACUUCAUCCCCGUGCCAGCAAGUCAGAUCUACACCAUCGAUGCCUCCUUGACGCCAGAAGCCAUGGCGGUAGACUACACCAAGAAGCUGGCCGAAGUUUGGGGUAGCGAACUUCCUCGCUUCGACCUGAUCUUGCUGGGAAUGGGCCCAGACGGUCACACGUGCUCGCUCUUCCCGGGUCACCCUCUUCUGGAGGAGAAGACGCUGUUCGUAGCGUCCAUUGAAGACUCACCCAAGCCACCUCCGCAGCGAAUCACACUCACCUACCCAGUCGUCAACAACGCCGCCAACGUUGCGUUCGUGGCUACUGGUGCUGGCAAAGCCGAGUUGAUCCCGCAUAUGGUCGGCGUCGAGAAGCGCACGCCCCCGCUUCCCGCCGCCAACGUCAAGCCCACGGAUGGCAUCGUCUACUGGUUCAUCGAUGAGGAUGCAGCUGCCAAGCUCUCGGACGAAGCCAGGAUGUGA